UGCGUGUUUCAGGUGGGGUGGUUGUUUGUUUUUUUAUUACAGCGCAGUAAGAAUAUUUUCUUUUCUUUUCGAUUUUUCAGGAUACGGUUGGCUUAAUUUCAGGACACCGUGAAAGAAGCAGUUUGCUGAAAUCGCCGAGUUAAUAUGGUGGAUCACCUGAAUACCCAAGAUGACCCAGGACUUCGGGAGGCAUGUGGGGUGUUUGGGUGUGUGUCACAGGGUGAAUGGCCUACCCAGCUUGAUGUAGCCCAUACCAUCUACCUAGGUCUGGUGGGUCUGCAACACAGAGGGCAGGAGAGUGCAGGAAUUGUGACCAGUAUGGGGACAAAUGACUGUAGAUACAAUGUAAGGAAAGGAAUGGGGCUGGUCAGUAACGUGUUUUCAGAAGAAGACCUUCAUAAAUUAAAAGGAAACAUUGGAAUAGGUCAUACCCGCUACUCCACCCAGGGAGAGUCUGACACCAUCAAUGUGCAGCCAUUUGUUGUGGAGACCAUACACGGACUGAUAGCAGUUGCUCACAAUGGAGAGCUUGUCAAUGCAAAGAAACUGAAACAAAAGCUGAUGAAGCAUGGAGUUGGCCUGUCCACAGGAACAGACAGUGAAUUGAUAACACAACUUUUGACGCAUACCCCAGAAUGUGGUGAACCACAUGGUGCCAAUUGGAUUGGGAGAAUCAAGAAAAUAAUGAGUGAGACUAUACUUUCGUAUUCACUUGUAAUCAUGCAUGAUGACAAAAUUUAUGCUGUCAGGGAUCCAUUUGGAAACAGACCUCUUUGUCUGGGAAAGCUGGUCUCACUUGGGUCAAUCAAAGACAACACAAAGAAAUCUGAGAUGACAGAUGGCUGGGUAGUGUCAUCCGAGUCAUGUUCUUUCAACAGCAUUGGAGCCAAAUACUUCAGAGAAGUUCUACCAGGAGAGGUGGUGGAACUUAGCAAAAGAGGAGUAAAAUCUGUGUACAUGGCUCCCAGACUAAACAACAAGGCCCCUGCCACCUGUAUAUUUGAAUAUGUGUAUUUUGCCAGACCAGACAGCAUCAUGGAAGGACAAAUGGUGUACAGUGUCCGUCAGCGCUGUGGUCAGCAGCUGGCCAAGGAGGCGCCAGUGGAUGUAGACCUGGUUAGCACAGUCCCAGAUUCUGCUACACCUGCUGCUCUUGCUUAUGCAGCUCAGCUUGGAAUUCCAUAUGGAGAAGUCUUUUGCAAGAAUCGUUAUGUUGGAAGAACAUUUAUCCAACCAAACAUGAGACUGAGGAAGAUGGGAGUCAACAAAAAAUUUGGUCCACUGAGUGAUAACAUUAGGGGAAGAAGAAUAGUGCUGAUUGAUGACUCCAUAGUCAGGGGUGUAACCAUGAUCCCCAUCGUUCACUUACUCAGAGCAGAGGGUGCUAAAGAGGUACACAUUCGGAUUGCCUCUCCUCCCAUUAAAUACCCCUGCUAUAUGGGGAUUAAUAUCCCCACGAAACAAGAGCUGGUGGCCAACAGAAUCCAGGAGGACAAACUUGCAGAUUACUUUGGUGCAGACAGUCUUCAGUAUCUGACUGUGAAGGGACUUCAACAAGCAGUUGUGGAGGGAAUCAAAGGGGAUGGGCUGGAAAACACUGGUCAUUGUGUGGCUUGUCUCACUGGCAGUUACCCUAUUGAUCUAGAUUGGUGAAAUGUGGAUCCAGUCUUUUAUGGGAGAAUCAACAGGAAAUAUUUUUUAUCUGUGGUUUACUUGUAGAAUGUAUUUUAUUUGAUGCUCUAAGUAAGGCUAGUUUUUCCUGUAAGCAGAUACUGAGCAGCAAAUUUUUCCAAGGUGUUCAUUUAUGAAAUGUUCCAGAAAAGAAACUGAUAUAUAUUCUUUUAUGAUUUACAGUGUAAAAGAAAAAUCCCUUUCUCAGUAGACAAAUUCUUAUUUAUCAUAUGGAUGAAUUGCUAUAUUUACACUCAGCUUGACCGAAAUCCCUGGCAGACAACAACAAAGUCCGAUCCAUGUACAAUCCACUAAAAAUAUCUGUAGGUAAGGCCAAUUCAACUUAAUUGAUAGAUUACCAUCCCCGCCCGCCCCUAAAAAAUCGGCCCGCCCCGAAGUUUUUUAUUUUGCAAAACUUGCAAUUUCCAGAAAAUUUUCAUUGCCGACUCCGGUAUUUACACUUUUUGAUUACAUUUCCGGUAUUGCAACGUGAAAAGCCACGUUAACACGGUUAAGAAAAUAGAUAUGGUUUUCUUAAUUUCUCACGUUCUUACGGGCGUAAAUGAAAGGAAGGGAUUAAUGUUCUUCAUAUCUUGAAGUUUCGUAUGUUUUUGUGUUUGAAGUUAAAAAGCUUAACCCUGAAUUCGUCUGUGAAAAAAGCAUAGAUUUAUAUCCAUUUGGCAUUCAAUGAUGCACAAAAACUCGUUUGUCAUUAAUAUUAUUCUCAGAAAAUAAAAAUCAAAAAAUAAAAUCCUCCCACCCGCCCCAUAAUUUUUGGUGACCCUGGAUAAUAAUCUACUAAUUAAGUUGAAUUGGCCUAAUUAGGAAGCAGACUUUGAUAAGAAACAAAAUUGGUUAUGUUUGACCUGGAUUGAGAGAGAGAGAGACAAAGAGAGAGAGAAUUCAGUCAAAACUUCUUAUUUACUCAAAUUUUGACUGCUGAAAUAAAAGAGCACUCAUGACAUUUUUUUGAGGUAUCCAGGCCUGAUCUCAUAAACAUCUUUGAUUAACUCUCCCAAACGAAACUUGGAUACUUCUUGUUUUUACUCGGAUAUUACCGUUAUUAUUAUUUUCUCCUUCUUUAUCAAAGCUAAACUUGUCCCGAGUGAAGUGCUAGCUGACUGUUUUUUUUUUUUUUUAGUUUUAUGACAUUUUUAUUUCCCAGACCUAUCACUAUAACAUAUAACCAAAUAGACUAAACGAUAAAUGAAAAACAAAAAGUGGAAAGCGGCCAGGGAUGGGGCCCUGACUAAGCUCCACCUAAAUAACAAUAUAUAUUCUCUAUUACAUCUCACAGGAUGUAGAAGAAAGGAAAAAAACUACAAGAUUAUAUGUUUAUAUGAAAAGAGAGUUAUACAAAUAUAAAUAAAUCAUUUCUAGUGGAUAUGAAAGUAUUCCAUAAUAACAACUACACUCCAAAAGGUCCAUUUUGACCCUGGGUAGUCAUGUAAAAGGGAAGGCAGACCCUUUCCCUUUACUUUAUUUGUACAUGAUAUAAAUAGUAUGCAAUGGAAUUUGUAAUAUAAAUAAGAUUAUAAAUUUUUUUACAAUACAAUGUACUAAAAAUAUGUGAAAACGAUACCUUGUUUAAUCUUUUGUAUACAGAUACAUUGAAUUCAAGAAUUCCCUUUACAUGAUUUCGAAUGUCAUAAGAUUGCUCUUUUUUGUUUUGUAUUCUACAAUACAUUUUAUAUUUGUAAAUUUUACAUGCAAUUAGUGAUAAAGAUUAUUUUAAACAAUUGUUUUCUCAUGCCCCCCACCCCCACCCCCCCCCCCCCAAAAAAAACCAAACAAACAAGAACAAUGUUUUUCCAUGACACUUGAAAGUUCAAUAUUUUCUCAACAGUUUUCCAAAUUUCACAAAUAUUUUUACAUUUCAGUACCAGAUGCUCAUUAUUCUCUUUUUCCUUACAUAGUGUACAUAAAUCCGUAUCUGUAACUUUCCAUUUCUUUAACAUAACUCAGUUGCUGGUUAGAUUGUUCAACAACUUGUAAUUGAAAUCAGCAACGUGGGUAAAAAAAAAAAUAUUACAUACUUUUUAGGUCACCCUCAAGUGAGCUUUUCUGAAUGCCUGUUGUCCGUCUGUAAACAUUUUAUAUUUUUGACUUUUUUUCCAGAACCAAUGGGCCAAUUAUAACCAAACUUCACGGGGGGGGGGGGGGCUUGGAUGGGGACCCAAUAGGGGAUCAAAGUUUUACAUAAAAAUAUAUAGGAAAAAUCUUCUUCUCAAGAACCACUGGACCAGAAGAGCUGAAAUUUACAUGAAAGCUGCCUGACGUAGUGCAGAUUCAUGUUUGUUAAAAUCAUGACCUCCGGGGGUAGGGUGGGGCCAGAAUAGGGGAUCAAAGUUUUACAUAGAAAUAUAUAUAGGAAAAAUCUUCUCAAAAACUAUUGGGCCAAGAAAGUGGAAAUUUACAUGAAAACUUCCUGAAAUAGUGCAGAUUCAAGUUUGUUAAACUCAUGACACCUGGGGUUAGGAUGGGGCCACAAUAGGGGAUCAUAGUUUUACAUAGCUAAUAAAUAGAAAAAAAUCUUUAAAAAUUUUCUCCUUAAGAACCAUUGGGCUAAAGAAGUUUACAUUUGCACAAAGCUUCCUGACAUAGUGCAGAUUGAAGUUUGAAAAAACCAUGGUCCACUGGGAAUCAAAAUUUUGCAUACAAAUAUAUAGGGAAAAUCAUUUAAAAAAAUCACUGGCCAGAAAUUUUUACAUUUACAUGAACUUCAUGGCAUAAUGCAUAUUCGCCAGAAAUUUUUACAUCUACAUGAAGCUUCAUGACAUAGUGCAGAUUCAAUUUUGUCAAAAUCAUGGCCCCAGUAGUAGGUUGGGGCCACAAUAGGGAUCUCAGUUUUACAUGCGAAUAUAUGGGGAAAAUCUUUAAAUACAAGCCAAGGUGACUCAGGUGAGCGAUGUGGCCCAUGGGCCUCUUGUUUAUAUAUUGCACUCCAAGACUGUUUUAAAACAUUGAAACUUUUGAAUAAAAAUUUUGGUGUAGAGGAGGUACAAAUUUCUUAUCCUGAUAAAUAUCAUAGAAUCCGUGAUUUAACAGUAGAAAGUAUGAAUUAACUUUUAUAUGUACAUUUUCAUAUAUUAUAUUUUGAACAUCAAAAGGUUGUAGUAAUUUUCCUAUGGCAUUUUUUACAAUAUUAUAUUCACAAAUUCAGUUUUUCUUGCAAAUCAAUUCAUCUGCGAACCAUUCCAUCGACUUGAAAGCAUCAUACUCAAAAUCACACUGCCUCUCACCUCCAAUUUGCGGGGGUUCGAAUCCCGCUCGCACCGGUAAGUGAGAAAGUUUUCCAGUUUACUUUCAGAAGGUCGGUGGUCUCUUCCCAGGUACAAUGUGUGUAUUUAGGAUGCUAUUCAAAAUAUUCACACUUUCGCUUUCUUAUUUUCAUCUAAAGAACAAUUGAAAUCGCAUGCUUCUCUUGACACUCCACAUGCGAAACAUAGAAAUACCAAAAUUACAAUAAUCACAGAAAUUACCAAAUAAAUGACCAAAAUUACCAAUAAAGGGACCAAAAUUACCUCAGUAUAUGUCCAUCUACAUGUCGUCUAGUUACAUAUCAAAUUUCAUGAAGAUUGAUAACAAUUUGAAAGAAUUGUUUCCAUAAAACCGAUUAUUGUGAAGCGUAAAUCUGAGUUACUUCCCUUUACAGUACUCUCAUACAUAGUAAGAUGUGAAACAAUAUAUUUUACGUGCAGGUGUUUGAAUGCACGGCACUGUAGUAAUGAUGAUAUAUUGCUAUACUCGACUCUAUAGAAUGUGUUUAUUUUGUCAGUCUUGCAUGUAUUAGGUACAUUAUCAGAUAGUUAUCUGUAUGCUCACAGCCUUACUGUAAUAUUGUGUUGAAUUCUAAUUAAAUAUUAUUAUAUUAU